UUUUUCAGUCCUUCAAGGUCUACUCUAUCUUUCUCUGUGUAUAAAAAGCUGCUGUAUUUUUGUAUGCACCAAUACUCUCCUCACAAAUCCAUCUUUCAUACACACACAAUCGUACGGUGCCUCUUCAUUCAAAAGCUCUCAUUUUGGGCACUGUUUUCCUCUUCAAUUGUGGAAAGGUGUCCAAUAGAAAAUUAAUUGAUGAAUAUGUCCUUCUUCCCUCGACUUUUUCUUCAUUAUCUCUUGGUGGUUUGCUUUGCCAAUUUUGCUUUUGGAGCUACUCGGUUGCCACGAGAUGAAGUACAAACUUUAGCUGACAUAGCAAAGACAUUGGGGAAGACGAACUGGAGUUUCAGUGGAGAUGCAGAUCCAUGCAACCAUAUUAAACCAUGGAACGAUACCAAUGCGGGCGAAGGAUCUGAUGGCGUCACCUGUGAUUGUUCCUUUGCCAGUUCUACUGUCUGCCAUAUUACCACCAUAGUUAUGAAAGGUCAGGAUUUGCCAGGAACACUCCCAAAAGAGAUGGCCAGGCUCACCUAUCUCAAAGAAAUUAUCCUCAGCCGCAACUACCUGAGUGGUCCCAUCCCUCCAGAAUGGGGCUCCCUUCCACUUGUCCACAUUUCCCUUGUUGCAAACCGUUUGACCGGUUCUAUCCCCAAAGAGAUUGGAAACAUCACAACCUUGAAGAGUUUGGACAUCAGUAUGAAUAAUUUCUAUGGAAGGCUCCCUCGGCAGCUUGGGAAUUUUCCCCUCAUAGAAAGAAUGCUUCUUACCUCAAAUAAUUUUACUGGGGAGUUGCCAGAUACAUUUGGAGAUCUUACCACACUAAAAGACUUCCGGGUGGGUGACAGUCACUUUUCUGGGCAAAUACCUGAUUUUAUAAAGAACUGGACAAAUCUUGAGAUACUACGGAUUCAGGCUAGUGGUUUGACGGGGCCAAUUCCUAACAUUUCUCUUUUGACAAAAUUAACUGGCUUGAGAAUUACUGACUUGAGUGGGCCUGAAGCACCAUUUCCCCCACUUGAGAAGAUGAAAGACAUGAAGAACCUGAUGUUGAGGAGUUGCAAUAUUGUUGGACCGCUACCUACAUAUCUCGGGGACCUGACGAAGUUGAAAACUUUAGACCUCAGCUUUAACAAGCUAAACGGGACAAUUCCAAGCAACUUUGAUGCUCUAGCCUACGUGGAUAAUAUAUUCUUAACUGGAAACUUGCUGACUGGACCCGUGCCUACUUGGACGAAAAACAAUGUUGAUCUUUCAUAUAAUAACUUCACCAUAGGGAACAAAGGUUGUCAAUCACAAGGCGGCUUGAACUUGUUUGCAAGCUUUUCAGAGGCCAAUAGUUCAAAAACUGUUUCAUGCACAACUGCAAAAUGUCAAAAACCUUUGUACUCUCUCCAUAUAAAUUGUGGUGGAAAAGAAGUAACUGUUUUUGGGGAAAAAAAUACAACAUUUAAUGGUGACACAUAUUUGGUUGGACCUUCAUCGUUUCGCCAUAGCACAACAACAAAUUGGGCUUUAAGCAGCACUGGUUACUUUCCUGAUGAUGGCCAUUCUCAAGACGACUUUAUCCAAAAUAAUGAAUCUAUACUCUCCAUGCCCAAUCCACAACUGUACACGGAAGCACGCCUUUCUCCCAUCUCUCUAACUUAUUAUGGGUUUUGUCUGGGAAAUGGAAACUACACUGUAAACCUCCAUUUUGCAGAGACAGAGUUUACAAAUAACAAAUCAUAUAGAAGCCUGGGAAGGCGUAUAUUUGAUGUUUACAUUCAGGGGAUACAACGGCUGAAGGAUUUCAAUAUUGCGGAUGAAGCUGGUGGGGUUGGUAAGGCAGUCAUAAAGAACUUUAAUGCUUCUGUAACUAGUGGUACCUUGGAGAUCCGUUUCUAUUGGGCUGGGAAAGGGACGACCGGUAUCCCUCUUAGAGCAGUUUAUGGUCCUCUUAUAUCAGCUAUUUCUGUAGAUCCUAACUUUGUACCCCCACCAGAACCUGCAACAUCACCUCCAUCUGGUGGAAGUGGCAUAUAUGUAGGUGCUGUAGUUGGAAUUGUGGCGGGAGGAGUCUUCAUUAUAUUACUGAUUUUUGGUAUUCUUUGGAGGAGAGGCCUCCUAGGACAACAAAAUACUUCGGAGGAUGAUUUAAAGGGCGUGGACCUGCAAACUGGUAAAUUUAGCUUCAGGCAACUCAAAGCUGCCACAAACAACUUUGACAAAGCCAAUUGUUGAGGCCCCAAAAAGUCACGAGAAGCCCAAAGACAUUUAAAGCCCAAUAUAACAUAUAAUGUUGGUCAUGCGUUAAUCCAAGCUGUAUUUUGGGAAUUAAUUCAUUAAACAAAUAAUAGUGUUCAUGCCAUGCGAAGCCAAUAAUACAUUUUUCAUAUGUCAAUCACCUAUCAAGCUUACAUGAACCUAAGUCAUGUGGUUUACGUGGCUUGCACGAGGGAUUGUGGUGUGGAAGGUUAUAGAAGUCCACAAGGCCCACGGAAGCUCUUGAAUAAUAGAGACUUUGGACUAGCUACUUGGGAGCACCAAAGUCCAAGCCCAUUACUUAGAGUUCUCCAAUGUGGG